CAAAAAGCAACGGAUUUUCUCUCUGAGAUUUGCAAACCAGGUGGUCCCAUCGAAGAGGCCUUAAAUUAUCUCAUAGCCAUAGGAAAAUUUCCAGCAAAAACGGUGAGUCUUUAUUACCCUCUGGUAAGUAAACCAGGGCAAAAUAUAAUGCUAGCAAAAUUCGCUUACAUUCUGUUUCCCCAAAUAAAGUACGAUUGUUUUGAUAUAUCUAAAUCAUUUCAUGGCUGUAAAAAGCCUUCUAUGGGCACAUUAGAUAUAUGAUCCUUGCAAGGUCGAUGACAGAUAAGGCCGCAGUUAAAUGGCGGCCUAUUAUGCAAACUAGCACGUUGUUAAGGCUAAAACAUUCCUUACGACGCCAUAUUGAGAGCGCGUCACAUAACAAGUUAAAACGAAGAUUUUUGCAUUUUCUCGCCACUUUCCUUGCUCUACAAUCGGGUAUUAAAGUGUCACAACAAACAUUAAGAUCAGCGGUUUACUCGUAAGAAUUCAAGAUUGACUCAGAGCCCAUUCGGGCUCGAGGAAUAAUUGUUAAAUACCCUCACUUCAUAGGAUUAAGAAAGAAUAAAAUUAGAAAUUGUGGAUGUUCAACUUAAACAAUUCUUCUUCAGUUCUUUUCUUGCAUGAACACUUAACCAUUCUACAUGAAUAAAAUUUGUUUUUAUCUUUAAUGCUAGAACUUAGCGUCGUUUCAAAAGGAACUGCAUGAUAUAUGGUUUACAGAAUAUUACAAAAAGACAACAAAACUAUUGCACAAUGGCUUUGAACAUACAUUUGUUGGUAAGAAAUAGUUUUUAACCUCUUUAAAUUCUUCACACAUUACAGCGCUUUAAAUUGUUGCUUCUACAACUUCUGUACGAACGGUAAACAUUGAUAUUGGGAACAUCAUUCUGGGUAACCUGCGAGAAAUCCCCGUCCAUUUGAAAAUCGCUUCUGAGGGUCAAUCGUACACGAGCGGCAGCUAAAGCGAGCUCAGUGGACGGGAGUAGUGGAGAAGGGCUUGCAGUAACGGCGGAAUAAAUUUUAUCCAUUCGUGGUAAACCCCCAGGAGUACUCCUGUUAAUUUUGGAUAGGUGUGUUUGCCGCCCAGGUUCCUUAACCCUGACCCUAUUUAAGGAUGGGAUAAACAAAAGUCGAUACACUAGUCAAGGCCCAAAACACGCGAAAAAUGCAGUGUUAAUUUCACACUACAAUCUUGGACAAAACUGUUGAGAAAAUUGUAUACUUGGACAGCAUUUUUCUAAAAAUCGUAGCUGUACCGGUUCUUCCCUCUCCCACUUCCCCUGAAAGCAAUGUUGUUGUGUAUUCAAAAGAAAGCCUGAUCCCUGGGCGUUUGUGGGAAGCAACAUAGAAUCGGGGGAAGAGGUUUUCUUCCCGCAAAGGCGUCGUUUUGGAAAUAGUUUUGUUGCGUAGGAAAGUGGACAUGAUGGGGAAAACUUUCUCAAGUAGUGUUGUCCGGGAUUGUAGAUACUGAGGGCAAGGUGCGGGCUGCCUUACUUAAUUCACCGGAAACCAAAGGUGAUUUAGCCCAACGGAAGGUUUGUUACAGAUCAGAACUAAAUAAUUCAAAGGCGAAAUCACUCAAAAAAGUUGAUGAAACAUUGUCUGGUGUUUUCAUUUGUAUUUUCUCCUAAUCAAUUGAUUAUAAAAGUGAUUUUCCGUGGGAUCAAUUUGCUCAAACCUGUGAGGCAUUCGUUUCACUCAAAUAAUAGCAGGGGGCGAUUAUUUGUUUUUCGCACCAAAGGGGGUCGAUUAUCCGAGGAAAGGUGUUUAUUCGAGGGAGGCGAUUAUUAUUUCAUACAUUGUCCACUGGAAGUCGUGCGGUAAAUGUUUUGUUCUAUUUUCCCCAUUAAAUCAAAAAAUAAUCGCAGCAAAGAAACUGAAUAUCGGCUUUUCAAGUGUUCCAAAUUUGGUUCCUUGAUUAUUUUCAUUGCUAAUAUCUUCGGCGUCGUCGUUUUUUGCUGAAUCAGACCUCCUUCAUCCUCAUCCUCCAGAUAUACCGCUAUGGGUAUCGGUAGCGGGUUACCUAUUGCUGCUUUUCAGUGUCACCCCAUUCAAAAUAUAUCAAAAAGUAAAAUUAAAACCGUUCAAGAAAUAAAGUCCGGAAUCUGGGAAAUGAAAGGAGGUAAAUACACAAAACCCUCGCUAAGAUUCACGUAGGAAAAAUAUUCCAUACAAGAGAUAUUCGGAGAAAAGUUUUAGCCCAAUUUAUAGAGAUUUGUAUGAAGACGCCAUGCUGGUGCCUACCUGGAUGAGCACCAACAUGGCGGACGGAGACCAACAAAAACAUCUGUUUCCGAGUUUUGCUACAAAAGCGGGAAUUUAUUUCUCAAGGAACUCAUAAACAUUAAAGUAACACUUUUUCUAAUACAUGAACUGUUAAGAUAGCAAAAUUCCCCGAAAUACGUCACUUUUUUAACCUACAUGACAGCUCUCAUGUAAAUGCCACGUCACGCAAAAGCUUAGAAAUUCAAGCGUACUCUAUCACAAAACCAAGAACCCUUAUGAAGCGAAAGUUUGUAUACGUAUUGAAAUUAGUUUUCAGCUGCUCUAACACAUCAUCAAAGUAAAAUUUCAGUAGGAUCGAUCGUUUUGUAGUUUGAAUUUUAGUGACGUCAUGUGAAAACCAACAAUAGUGGUAGGAGGGAGGCGGAGGGGGGGGGGGGAUUCCUUGAGGGGGACGAUUAUUUCAAAUAUUUCCGCCAAAGAGGGGCGAUUAUUCUAGGGAGGCGAUUAAUCGAGGAAAUACAUUUAAAACAGAUAAAUCAUUAAAAAUAGAAUGUUUUAUAAUUAUUAAUAGUAUUUUUCUGGGUAAACAAAAAAAUUAAAAAGAAUAAUUUUAGUGGAGUGUUUUUUUUUUUUAUUUUAAUUGUUGGGGGGGGUGGAAAAAAAAAAAAGGGGGGGGGGGGGGGGGGGGGGGGGGGGGGGGGGGGGGGAUUCCUUGAGGGAGACGAUUAUUUCAAAUAUUUCCGCCAAAGAGGGGCGAUUAUUCUAGGGAGGCGAUUAAUCGAGGAAAUACAGUACCUUUAAGUUAUCCCAGAAACAUUCUGGGCCCUCAAAGGAGCUUAAACGUAGUACUAAAGUGAAUUCCCGUGCUUACUUUAAAAGGAGUGUCAAAAUGCAGAACUCAGUCAACCAAAGAGGAUUCUCCGCUCUGAAAAGGAUCAGAACUUGGCUACAAAGUAGCAACAGGAUCCUGGACAAUACUUUAAUGGUCAGUGUACAGGACCAAAGCUUGAAGACUUUGAAUUUGAGAAAGCAGCUUACAUUUGGGUGGCUCAGAAAAACAGGAGAAUAACAGUUACCUGCUAACGAAAUGUUUAAUUUGAAUUGUACUUUUGAAAAGUUAGUUCCCGAAUCUUUAUUAGUCAGUCAGAAUAUCCCCCUGGCCUUUCUAUAAUCCUAGGGAAAACACUGAAAUGACACCUCAUUCAAGAGAAAAACAAAAGCUAAGAAUUCAAUCGCAUGGAGUACUGCUAUUCAUAAUAUUCUGCGAGAUAGCUCAGUUUUAACAGAUGAUUUGUUUCUAUUGUAGCUGAGCAUUUACGCAUUUGAAUCUUUUUAUAGCUGAAGCAAUUUGUGUACGCUAUCUAAGGAUCAAGCCGCGAACACAAUCCAACGAGGGAAAAAAGUGAUACCCUAUUUAAGGAUCGGAACCCUCAAAGGCCAUACCUUGUCGGGCGGCACAUGCCUAUCUAACCCACAUAUUUAUAUAUGCGGAGUACCACCGGGGAAGUCCUUCCAACUUCAAAUAAAUUGCACCAUAAGAAGUAUGACAAGCGGCAAGGCCAAGCAAGACAAGCAAAUAGCUGAUUUCCCUUUGCCCAUGCAAGUGAAGGGAAAAAACUCUCCAGCCAUGAUCGCACAUUCUCCUUCUUCCCCCCUUACAAUAUUUCGCGGCUCGCUUGCUUGCAUGUCUGGGUGAAUUGCUCUCACAAUCAAAAGAUUACCUUCCCGUCCCCCGCUGACUCUGACACAAGCCACGCUUCUUUUAACGUGUUUAGUUUACAGUUUUUUGGAGACUACACCAUUAUUUUUCAAUCGCCCUAAAAGUUAUUUUAUCCUUGUCCGAUCGUUAUAAAAUUUUGACCACUGACUGAAUUUGGAUUGAAGUUUGUCAAAAUGCAUUUUUAAGUUAAAUCGAUACUUGUAUAUUAAACAACGAUAAACAAAAAACUUUGAAAUCGAUAAAAGCCCAAUUUUGCGAGAUCUAGACUUGCUAAUGAAAAUCCGACACCAGGAGCUAAACUUGUGGUGUUUAACAAAUAACCUCCGUGAGAAAUAAAAAAUUCUGUAUGUUUAUUGUUUGAAUUCAAAUAAAACGUAAAUCUAUUUCAAACCUUAUCUUUUAACUAGGUUCAUUAUCAGGCUCACGUGGAAGGAGGGCAUUUAGAGUCUGCUUUUUUUCCGCUCGUACUUCUGCUACCCUCUCAGCUGCAGCCUGUACGUGUUUCGCCUCACAAAGGACGCAGGACCAACAAGCCAACCCGCUCUUUAUAAGAACGUCGUCUAAUCUAGGCCUAUCUUUUAUGAGUAAUGUCCUCUUUUUUUUGUUCUUGCAAUUAAGGUGACAAGGGCCUGCCUAAAAAUGAAUACAAGGGUUUUCACAACUGGUACCAGUUCCUCCUUAAACAAGCGAGUAGCCAUGGCGGGAUAACUGAUGUUCCUACAUCAUUUUCAAAGCCAAUACAGUUCCUUGUUACAACAACAGUGAGUAAUGAAUCAAUUUUGCAACCCAAACAGAAUAAACUCAAUUUUUAUUCAUUCAAAAUAUUAUGCCGUUUCUGAUUGGUUCCAAUGCCUCGGCUAAUUGUCCAUAACCACAUGCAAAUGGGCACUGUUGAUUAUCAUGAAGUCUGAUAGCUGCAUAUAAUAAAGUACUUUCUCAGUUAGGGAGAGCAGUGAUUUUGACGCGCACGAAAGGCAAAUAGACCUUUUGCAUUAAUUGAUCACGUGAUCAACUUUCCGUGAACACGAAAACAGUUCGCUUUUGAAAAGUUGUGUUAGCACGAGCUGAAAAAGCAUAUUAAAAUUGUGUAACCUGUAAAUUUUCAGCCGUAUAUCUCAAAAGUAGCGAUUACAACGGCCGCCGCAAAUUAGAAGCAUUUGUAUGAGAAAAACAACUCUUGCCACCCAGUCACUCUUGAGUGGUUUCCAUACAACUCCUUGUAAAUUCUGAAAAUUUUAAGCUGUCUUUAAAUCUUUACCUAACGCAUUUAAGGGCUCAAAGUGCCUGUCAUGAAUUAAAAGGGGAUUUGAGCCCCGUUAUAUAUGCUUAAGCAAAUAUUUCACGACGGUUUCAAAAUUUCGAAAUUUACAAGGGUUUGUAUGGAAAACCGUUCAAGCGUGACUUAGUUGGCAAAAUGUUGUUUUCUCAUACAAAUCCUUCUAAUUUUCGACGGCCGUUGCAAUCGCUACCGUUCUAAAAUUGUUGAGGCAUUGUACUAAAAUAGGGUAGCUUCAGGGGACAAAACAAUCCACACCCCUCACCUCUUUCCUCCAUUCAAAGUUGGGGUCAGUUUGUUGUUUGACAGCGGCACAACAUUUCAUGAAGGGGAUGGGGGAGGAAAGGCUUUAUUUUCUCCUUUUGAAGAAAAACGUCAGUAAAUGUCUCAACUAAUUUUGUCGGCGAUUAUCUAUAUCUAAAUUUAGUAUUUACUAAAUCAGUGAAUAGCAAUUUUCGUGCCCUUAUAGCCUAUUCGUGGAAUAAUUGCUAAAUAGAUAUCUAUAAUCUAUAUCUAUAUGUUUUUCCCCCAACUUUUGACAUAUAUAAGUUAAGGAAAAUCCACCAAAUCCGCUGGAAAAAGCAACUUUAAAUUAAUAAGAUUGCCAAGUUUAAAAAUGGUUUGUUAAAAAAUAACGAAGAUAUAGCUCCUCAAAGUCGCAAUAUUUUACAAACGUUUGUAUGGUGGGGUUCGCAAAUUUGCCCCCUACCAUUGCUGUUUAAAUGGUAAACUUUGUAAAAAUUCGCGACUUUGACGCGCCAUAUCUUCGCUCGCUUAAGACAAAUCACUUUCAAACUUGGCAAUUUUCCUACAUUUUAGGAGCUCUUCCAGUGGUAUUGACAGAUUUUUCCUAACUGGUCCAUGUCAAAUGAUGAAAAAAACCGUGGCUUAAAGUGAAACAAAGUUCAAUGAUAAAUUGAGUAUUUAUCCCCCUCUACAUUCGAGUUCAAGUGCCAAAGCUAAACAAUUACAAGGUGGCUCACUUUACCGAAUGGAAAGGGUUUUCUUCUAUCUUAUUUAUAUAGCCUCCUUACAUGAGUUGCCUCACAUUCAAAUGGGAAACAGCGACCAAGGCGUCUCGUCAAGGAAGCAGUUUGUUUGUCGGAACUAGCCCAGCAUUUGAGAUUGCCUUGUUCAGUGUCUGUUUUCUUCAGUACCCUGGCGACCAAUGUGGC